AUGGCAGCAGCCGCCGCCGAGCUCGGGGCAGCGGCACGGCCGGCGGGGCGCCAGGUCAGCGCCCAGAGAAACGCGUCCGUGUGGAGGGAGGAUGGCCUCCGGCAGGGAUUUCCGAAAGAGCCUGAGGCGGGGAAUUUGUGCGAGGUGAGUGUCGGCAUUUCCCUGCUGCCGGGGCUCCGGCAGGGCGGGGUUGCAGCAGUCUGCAUAGGCUGCCCGGGCAACGCGAGCUCCAGGACAGCAUCCUCUCAUUUCUUAAAUUUACACCGAAGUACUGGAGCAAGUCCAGAGGAGGGUAGCAAAGCUGUAACACCUCAGACGCCUAAGAAAUUCUCUGUCAUGAAAACUACUCUACGUAGCUGUCAUGCUGCAACAGGUUUGGAAGGAAGGAAUACCAGGAGAGCUGAAACAGAAAAGGAAUGCGAUCAUGGAAUCAGUGUCUGUGAGCCUGGUUUGAGGGAGGACUCUGACAUCCAGGAGCUUCCAAUGGUCCCAGAGGUUGGAUAUAGCAUUGCAUAGAAAUAUGAUGAUGUGAAGGUCUGGGAAAAUACUAGUUGCAUCUGGAAAGGAUGUUAAGAGGGGACCCAAAAUGAGCUUAGAAGUGUUACCACCACAAAGAACCUUUGGACCAAGAACUUUCUUUUAGAGCUAAACAUCGUGAGCUGGAGCCUUGAGAAUCUCAUUGCUGUCACUUUACGACCUGCUGCACACAUCUGGAAUGGACUUGAUUUGAAAGACGCUGAAGGCAUUGAUUUGAAUUCCAGUUCCAAACACAUUUCAUGUCUGGCUUGGAGAAAAGGAAUAUGCCUUGCAGUUUGGAUCAGUGAUGGAGAAGUGCAAUUGUGGAACAUUGAAACCAGAAAGAGGCGAAGAAAUGUGUUUGGCCACCUGUCUGUAAUUGGCUGGAAUCAUUGUACUCUGAGCAGUGGCUCGCUACUAGGAUUUGUCCAUCACUUUGAAGUCCAGGUUGCUCAGCACCAUGUUGGGAUUCUUCGUUAAAACAAACAAAGCAUUUUCAGCCUGAAAUUGUUGCUAGCCUGCCUGUUGCUGGCAAUUUGGUCUAGAGGUGGUACAUUGAAUAUCUGGCCUAGCAUCCCUGGGGUGAAAUUGCAGUGACAGACACUGAAAACCAUACUUCCUUUCUUAGCAGUUAAAGCCAUGACCUGGUGUUCUUGGCAGUCAAAAGUCCUUGCUACAGGAGGUGGAAUGAAAGAUGGGAUUUUGUGUGUCUGGCACACGAAUUGUGAGAAAAUCAUCCAAAGUGCAAUUAUAGAUUCACAGAUUUCUUCCUUGCUCUGGUUACCCAGCGAACUGAUGAUGGAGCAAGGCCUUCCUGGAAAUCAGAUGAAAAUAUGGAAGUAUCCCAUGCUUGUCAAUUCAUUAGAACUCUAUGGUCACAAAGGGAGAGUCUUGCAUCCACCCUAG